AUGCAGCAGGAGGCCGCCCCCGGAGCCCCGCCGGACCGAGGGGCCGGAGACCCCCGGACCGCGGCCCAGGCGUUCCUGGGCCGAUACGGCUACUUGCGGGAGCGGGUCGGGGAGGCCCCCAGCCCCGAGAGCUUCGACGACGCUGUCAGGGAGUUCCAGUGGACCGCCCGCCUGCCGGUCAGCGGGGUCCUGGACGCGGCCACGCUGCGUCAGAUGAAGCGUCCGCGCUGCGGGGUGGACGACGCCGACAGUCGCGAGGCCUGGGCCGAGCGCGUGACCGCCCCGCUCGCCGGCCGCCGGGCGAGGCUGCGGAAACGCUACGUCCAGCCGCGGGCCGACGGCAAGUGGUACAAGCGUCAGCUGUCCUACCGCCUGGUCAACUGGCCGCGGCACCUGCCCGAGGGCCGGGUGAGGGAGGCCGUGCGGGCGGCCUUCCGGCUGUGGGCCAACGUCUCGGCCCUGGACUUCUGGGAGGCGCCCGCCGGGCCGGCCGACAUCCGCCUCACCUUCUUCCAGGGCGACCACAACGACGGGCUGGCCAACGCCUUUGACGGGCCAGGGGGUGCGCUGGCCCACGCCUUCCUGCCCCGGCGCGGGGAGGCCCACUUCGACAGCGAGGAGCCUUGGUCCCUGUACAGCCGCCGGGGCCGCGGGCUGUUCGUGGUGCUGGCCCACGAGGUCGGGCACACCCUGGGCCUGGGCCACUCGCCCGCCCGCGGCGCCCUCAUGGCCCCCUACUACAAGAAGCUGGGCCGGGCCGCCGUGCUCAGCCGGGACGACGUCCUGGCCAUCCAGAACCUUUACGGGAAGCCUCUGCAGGGCUCGGCCGUGCAGCUCCCAGGGAGCCUCUUCACGGACUUUGAGGCCUGGAACCCGGACGGUCCCGGCGGCCGGGAGCGGUCAGGGGUCCGGGGACCCCACUACUGCCAUUCCUUCUUCGACGCCAUCACCGUGGAUCGGGAGCAGCGGGUCUACGUCUUCAAGGGGGGCCACUUCUGGGAGGUGGGAGCGGACGGCAACGCCACGGGGCCGUGGCCCCUGCAGACGAGGUGGCCCGGGUCGCCCCCGCGCGUCGAAGCGGCCGCCGUGUCCGAGGUCGACGGCAAGUUCUACUUCUUCAAAGGGAGCCGCUGCUGGUGCUUCCGGGGCUCGAGGCUGGAGCCGGGCUUCCCCCAGCGGUGCCACGGAGGAGGCCUCCCCCGCCACCCGGACGCCGCCCUCUUCUUCCGCCCGCUGGGCCGCCUGGUGAUCUUCAAGGACCGGCGGUACUACGCGCUGGCCGAGGGGGCCCUGCGGCCCGAGCCUCACUACCCCCGCAGCCUGCGGGACUGGAAGGGGGUCCCCCCGGGGGUCCGCGGCGCCCUGCCCCGCCCCGACGGCUCCGUCUACUUCUUCCGGGACGACCGCUACUGGCGCUUCGACCAGGCCCGCCUGCGGGUGGUGGGCGCGGGGCGCUGGGCCGACGAGCUGGCGUGGACCGGCUGCGGGGAAGCCAACUCGGGGGGGGCUCUGUUUUGAGGCGCGGGCCCGGGCCCGCUCGCCUCCGCGGACACCCCGGCCCCGGCUUUGCCCUCGGGCACCACGUCGGACGCGUGCCUUGGACCCGCGCGCGAGCAGACCGCCCCCGCCCCUCUUUUGCUGGGUUUCUUUUAACGGUAUCUGUUAUAAACGCUUUCUAUGGGUCGAGCACCGUUGUAAGCGCCGGGGCGGGUACCGGCCGAUCCGGCUGGACGCCGUCGCCGUCCCCGCUUGGGGCUCAAGUCUUCAUCCCCGUUUUCCGGAAGAGGGGACUGAGGUGCAGAGCGGUAAAGCGACUCGCCCGAGGGCACGCGGCGGACGAGCCGGAAGUAGAGCUCGGGUCCGUCCGACUGCCAGGCCCGGGCUUUAACCAUUAGGCCACGCUGCUUCUCUUGUCCGGUGGGGCGCCGCACCUCUCCUUUGCCCCUUAGGCCUCUCUCCGGGGGGAGCAGGCCCCGACCCCUCACUUCUCCCCACUGCCCGGAUGGACCCACUGAGGCCCUCGAGGGGGCCCGUCCGGAGGGACCCGACCGAGGUCGGCGCGGCCUCCGUCCCGCGAGGCCCCCCCCCCCGGCCUCCGUUACAACGGCCUCAUUCUCCGCGGAGCGUGGCCGGCUGUGCGCCCGGCGUUCCUCGCGCUCUGGGACGGAGCCUUGGGAAUAGCUGAGAUUCCUGAUGGGGGAGGCCGGAACCGCCCGCAGGCCCGGAGCGAGUCCGCUUCCGGCGCCCACGGGCCUGGGCCCGGGACGGAGGCGGGAAACCAAGCGGGAGUCCACGUGACCGGAGCCCGGGAGCCUCGGGUUCUGGUCCCAGCUCUGCCACGCGGGCCUGCCGGGUGACCUCAGGCAAGUCACCUCGCCUCUCUGAGGGUCUGUUUCCUCAUCAGCCCAAAGGGGGUAAGAUACCCACCCUCGUAGAGUGUGAGGCCCUUGCGGGACGGGGCCUGGCUCCGAUCCGAUUGUACCGUCUCCACCCCAGCGCUCAGCACGGCGCCUAAUAAACGCCGGGAUGAUUAAC